CAGCCUUCCCCGUCUUUACCUGUGCUGGGAAAGCUCCCUCCGCCUCCACUGCCUUGGUAACCUCUCAUAACUACACCAGGUCCCUCGUUUAGUUGCUAGGUUUCUAUCUUGGGCCACGGACACUUUGGCAGGUUGUCCAUAUCUCUUUAAAAAUGGCGUCGCUGAAUUUGUCAAUCAACGGUCCAUCGAUUAAGAGCAGCUACCGAGGAGUCGUCGAUGGCCCUGCUCUUCCCGCAAGCCCGCCCACCUUCGCCCAGUGGGCCCUCUUUUCGGUCCAGGCGCCGCUGAUGAAUGCUUUCCAAGACGGCGGCGCAAAAGAGAGCGUCCUCAAGGUCGAGAGCACUGGCGACGGCGAGCUUGCCGAUCUCGUCGAAGACUUCAACGAAGGUCGCAUUCAAUUUGCUUUCGUCAAGGUCAAGGACCCGAACAGUGGACUCCCCAAAAAUGUCCUUAUUGCUUGGUGUGGCGGAGGUGUCCCCGAGCGCACAAAGGGGUAUUUUACGAGCCAUGUUGCCGCCGUCGCGAAGAUCCUUCACGGUUAUCACGUUCAGAUUACGGCCCGAUCCGACAGCGACCUCUCUCCCGAAGACAUUCUACAAAAGGUCUCUGACGCUUCCGGCGCAAAGUACACAGCAGGAGGCUCGUCUCCUUUCCUAGCUGCAUCUCUACCCCCAGUUUCCAAAAAGCCCGUUUUCUCCCCGACCACGUCCGGUUCUGGAAGUUCUUUCAAUCCUCUCAUUGCCUCCCGUGGCCAGAGGCAGGAAAAUGUCGACCAAGAUGGCUGGGGGGAUGAUGCGCCACAGGUCACAAGAAGCGAGCUUGAGAAGGUUGAAUCGGCGUACAAGCCGACCAAGGUGGACAUGGCCAGCCUGAGAAUGAACAGGGAUGACUCUCGUUUCGACAAAUCACCCAGGCAGGACGACCAAUCUGUCAACAUCGUCAAGGGUGCAUACCAACCGGUGGGCAAGAUCGACAUUGCCUCCCUCCGUUCUCAAGCGAAGAGCGCGCAGGACGACCGUCCAAAUAUCGUUAAGGGCGCCUAUGAGCCCGUGGGGAAGGUUGACAUUGCUGCCAUUCGAGCGAGAGCCCAGCGCCCUGCUGAGUCCGAAGAGGAGACGGCGACUCUUAAGAAUCUCACGGAGCGCAAUGCCGGGCUUUCCCAGGCAGAACGCCUUACCGAACUGCCCAGGCCCAAGGUGGCUAAGAAGUUUGGUGGUUCCUCUUUUUCGGGAACUAAGGCUCCCACUCCCAUAGGACUUGGGCUAGGAGGUCCCUCUGUUCCGGUUGCACCGCCAAUUGGCGCUGCCAGCAGGACAUUUGCCGACGAAGGCGGUAAGACACCGGCUCAGAUAUGGGCCGAGAAAAAGGCCAAGCAAGCCACUACGGUGAUCAAGCCGGGCCCUGCUGUCUCUCCGUCCAUCGCGUCACCGAUCGCUGCUCAAAAGAGUGGGAGUGAAUGGAAGAGUGGCUAUGCUGGUAAGAGCUGGGCGACGGUGCAGACCGCAAACUUUGCUCGUGGCGGCGUUGAAACGUACGAAACGGGCGGAGCUGAGCAUUCGGACCCCGGCGCCCCUGCCUCUCCGGGUGCUGGUAUCUCCGCGCUGCGUGACAAAUUCAAGGAUACGGUGCCGAUAGGGAGCGUUGUCCGGUCAGCACCUAGCGUGACAACUUCUCCUGAGAAUGAGCCGACAUGGCCACCUCCGCCAAUGGGAAGCCGACCAUCGGGCGGCUUUGCGCCCCCCGGUCUCCCACAUCGUGCCGCCGUUAAUCAAGAAGAAGAGGUAGAGGCUGAGCAGACGGAGGCCCUUUCGGCACCAUCCGGUGCCUAUGAGGAGCGUGGGUCUUCUCCUGUUCGGAUUGCGAUUCCGGUUUCACGCAGCGCAGCGGUUGAUCUCGAGCCCCCGGCCGAGAGACUCCCCCCCCGGCCGGUUCCUGUCCCACAGGAUCUACCGAGAGAAAAUGAAAUUCCCGCGAAAGAAGAGACGCAUAACUCAAGAGCCGCAGCUGAGGCAGUUGCCAACGAGUCUGCUAGCCACCAUACCGAUAGUCACGCUCCUAGUGGCGGUGGCAAACGAGCAUUGAUCCAGUAUGACUAUGAGAAAGCUGAGGAUAAUGAGAUUGAGCUUCGUGAAGGCGAGUAUGUUGAGAACAUUGAGAUGGUGGAUGAGGAAUGGUGGAUGGGCACCAACUCUCAGGGCGAGAGUGGUCUUUUCCCUAGCAACUAUGUUGAGCUUAUUGCCGAUGAUGACGACGACGCCGGUGCCGACCAGACAGCCACCCCAGCAGUUACUCACCAGGUAUCUGCUCCCGCUCCUGUUACCACCCCUGCCGCCCCUACCGCGGCAGUACAACCUGAGCCCAUCAAUGAUACUGCCGGAGCAAGCACUGCGACAGCACAGUUCGAUUAUGAGGCUGCGGAAGACAAUGGUAUGUGACUGCCCUUGUCUAAUAUGCUCCUGGCCAAACCUGUCCUACUUGUAAGCUGAUGAUGUUGUAGAGCUUAGCUUUCCCGAAGGUGC